CUCGGGGACCCGGGCUGCUCACUCGCGCGCUCGCGUCCAGCCAUCCCCCGUCAUGGAGCGGCCGCCGCGCGCCCUGCUGCUGGGUGCAGCCGGACUGCUGCUCCUGGUCCUGCCCCUCUCCUCUUCCUCCUCUUCGGAUGCCUGCGGCCCGUGCGUGCCGGCCUCCUGCCCCGCGCUGCCCCCGCUCGGCUGCCCGCUGGGUGAGACCCGCGACGCGUGCGGCUGCUGCCCGGUGUGCGCUCGCGGCGAGGGUGAGCCGUGCGGGGGCGGCCCGGCCGGCAGGGGGCACUGCGCGCCGGGCAUGGAGUGCGUGAAGAGCCGCAAGAGGCGGAAGGGUAAAGCCGGGGCAGCAGCCGGCGGGCCCGCGAGCCUCGCCGUGUGCGUGUGCAAGAGCCGCUACCCGGUGUGCGGCAGCGACGGCAUCACCUACCCCAGCGGCUGCCAGCUGCGCGCCGCCAGCCUGCGCGCCGAGAGCCGCGGGGAGAAGGCCAUCACCCAGGUCAGCAAGGGCACCUGCGAGCAAGGUCCUUCCAUAGUGACGCCCCCCAAGGACAUCUGGAAUGUCACUGGUGCCAAGGUGUACUUGAGCUGUGAAGUCAUCGGAAUCCCAACCCCUGUCCUCAUCUGGAACAAAGUCAAGAGGGAUCACUCUGGAGUUCAGAGGACAGAACUCUUGCCUGGUGACCGGGAGAACCUGGCCAUUCAGACGCGGGGUGGCCCGGAAAAGCAUGAGGUGACUGGUUGGGUGCUGGUGUCGCCUCUAAGUAAGGAAGACACUGGAGAGUAUGAGUGCCACGCCUCCAAUUCCCAAGGGCAGGCUUCGGCGUCGGCCAAAAUCACUGUGGUUGACUCCUUACAUGAAAUACCAGUGAAAAAAGGUGGAGGGGUUCAGCUCUAAGCCUGCGACAUACACUAGCCUGCGGCUGAACAUGCUCUCAGACAGCGGACAGCUCUGACCCUGCGAUUGCCUGCCACAUGUCUUUUAACCUAACCCACUAUCGCUUUAUUACAGCCAGCUGAUGUUACACAGAGAAAUCAAACACAUCAAGACUAUCUACAAAAAUUUAUUGUUUAUUUACAGAAAAAGCAUGCAUAGCUUUAAACAAAACAAAUAAAAUUCUUAUCACAACA